AUAGAAUGUUUUUUUUAUUUAUUUUUGUGUUAAUUUCAUGAAUUAAACUUUUAAACUAAACCAAAAAAAUAUAAAAAUGAAUAUAAACAAGCAAAAUUACGUGAAAAAAAUUAAAGUUAAUUACGAUAACUGUGAUAAAUGUGUCUACGCUAUGGUAAACUGGAAGGAAAAUGAUUCUGAUCUAUUUGAAAUUCAUAUAUUUGAUCAAGAAAAUAUCUGGACAGGCAGUUUUUCUCGUGAGGCUGCUAAAAUUUUCAGUAAGGACAUAUUAGAAGAUGUAGAUAAAUACUGUGCAAGUGUGAAAGAAGCAUUAACAAAAGAGAGCAGAUUAUACUCAUAUACAUUGAGUUCUUUUGAAGUUCCGGCACAGUUUGUCUGGAAAAAGCAAGCUGAGAAAAAAAGUAAAGUAAUAUUUCUACACGGCAAAGUACUCCUACAUAAAGCAAAAGACAAAAACAAAGACUCUUUAAUAGACUAUCUCCUUAAUGAAAACAAUCAGCUAAAGCAGAAUGUAGAACAUUUGAACACAAAAAUUCAAACCAUAAGUUAUGAACUCGACAAAAGUAAAAAUUAUUUGCAACAGUUUCUAGAUAAUAAAAUAGCUAUGGAGAAGAAUUUAUAUGGAAAAUUUGCGAAACUUUUGAAUGCCAAGAAAAGAAGAAUAACGCUGCUACAGGAGACAUUGAGCAGCAUCACAGAGGCAGACCAGUGAACAUCAAAAUUAUUGCUUCAAAUUAUAAUUUAUAUACUGUGACUAAAAUAAAAUAAUGUUGUUUAAAACAA